AUGAUUAUCCAAAAGACCAUAAAAAAGCUGGGCAUCUUCAAAAUAAGCAUAGUUGGUGCAUCAAAUAGCGGAAAGUCGUCCCUGCACAAUGAAUUGAUGAAAAGAAUUAGUGUGAGUUACAAAGAAUCUAUUGUUCAUAAAGUACCAAAUUAUUCUAUCAAGAAUAAUGAAAACAUAUUUCAUAUGGACAAUGUAAAAUGUAUGGUAACUGAUACGAUAGGGCUAAAUGAAGAAAUGAUACAAAAAUUUCACACAUGGAAAAAAAAGAAGUAUGAUCAAGGGUUCGAAAAUAACAACAUCAUCAAAAACUACUUUAACAAUAUACAGAACAGCCAUUUAAUUAUUUUUUGUGUAAAAAGUUGUGAAGUAAGACAGAGUGAUGUAUUAGCAUAUCAAAUUGUUAAAGAUAUAUCUCGCGAAAAUAUGAAUGUGUACACUGUCAUUCUCAAUUACAGCGAUAAUCCCAAUCAUGGUCUCAAGCCCAAUCAUAGUCUCAAUCACAAUCGUGAUGUCAAUGGAUAUUGGGAGGGUAGUGAUCACUUGUAUUCUGAUCCCACACCAAAUCAAAAAGCUUAUCAUUUUCUACACGUAUAUGAACAUUUCAAUAACGUUAUUUUUUUCCCCAAGAAAUUAGAAAUUCAAGACGAGGAGGGUCAAGAUCUCGAUUUACUGAAUCUCAUUCGCACAAAGGUGAGAGAUGACACUACCAUUGAAGGGGCAAGACAAUUUGACUCUGCUCAGUGCAGUGAAAGUAUAAAAAAAAUUUCCUCAGAUACUCUUGCUAAUCACGAUCCAAGUGCAGAAUACAACCAAGAAAUGAUUAAUCUCAUAGACGAAAGCAUCCGCAUCUUCCGGCCCAAGAUGAGUGAUGAGACAAGAAACUACUUUUACAAAUUCGUGAACCUGAAGAAAAAGGAUAAGUCCAACGAGAACUUAUUUAAUGACUUCCUGAGCGAAAAAAUUCUCAGCAAAUCCUUGAAAAAAAUAUCGCACGUGAAGUUUCUCGAGAGGGGUGCUCGUCCCGUCGAUGAUCAGGUAGAUAACACAACGGCUAACCAUGAGAAGUGUGCGAAUCGUGAGAAGUGUGCGAAUCGUGAGAAGUGUGCGAAUCGUGAGAAGUGUGCGAAUCGUGAGAAGUGUGCGAAUCGUGAGAAGUGUGCUAAUCAUGAGAAGUAUGCGAACCAUGAGAAGUGUGCGAACCAUGAGAAAUGUGCGAAUCGUGAGAAGUAUGCGAACCAUGAGAAGUGUGCGAAUCGUGAGAAGUAUGCAAACCGGACAAACGACCUGAACGAAUACUUCUUCAAAAAGGUGCAGAGUGACUUUGAGCAGAAAAAGAAAGUUGUCACGAAAGUGAAAAAUAAACGGAUUCAAAUUCUGAAGGCUAUUGUGAGCGGAGACGGGAAAGCCAAUCCGUAUGACUUGAUAAAUCUCAGGGGUGAGAUGAACUCCAUUGAGAAUCAAAUGAUGGGAGGAGAAAGGUGUCCAGGGAGUGACGCUCCUAUUAGACGUGAACCACAAGAUGAGAGUGAACCACAAGUUGAGAAUAAACCACAAGAUGAGAGUGAACCACAAGAUGAGAAUAAACCACAAGAUGAGAAUAAACCACAAGAUGAGAGUGAACCACAAGUUGAGAGUGAACCACAAGGGGGACGGAGACGACAGUGGGUGGAGACGACAAAUAAUAAAUUAAAGGUCUGCUUUUUAGGAGAAAAAAACUGCGGGAAAACGACACUGAUAGAAUCCAUUGUAAAGAAUAACAUCAUAAGCGAGAAAGAUGUAGUGGAAGUGCUGGGGAAAAGAAAAUACGUAAACAAUGAUAUGAUUAUUGAACAUAGAAACAAACGAAUAGAAAUCUUAGACACAUGUAGCUUGAAGAAGCAACACAAGUUUAAAGGGGAAGACAAUUACUAUGAUGAAAACACCAGAGUAUUUAGUAAUAUUCGAAAAAGUGAUAUAUGUGUAUACAUAAAAGAGGCAAAAAAUAAUUCCAUUAGUCUGUGUAAAGAAGACAAGAAAAUGAUAUUUUAUUUAUCAAGAGAAAAAAAAAAUAUAGUAUUCAUUGUAAGCAAAAUUGAUCUGAUAAUUACCGAAUUUGAAAAAAAAAAAAAUGAAUUUUUAUCUUCCUUCACGAAUUCUUUUAGUGAUAUCCCAGUUCUAUUUUUAAACACAAACAAUCAAAUACACAUACAGACAUUGCUUAACCGGCUAGUUCAUAUACAUAAGAUGAGCAACACAACCAUUUCUACAUCUAUUUUGAAUUUAUUUUUAAUGAAAUUUUUAAAAUUAUUUCCAAUCCCAUGGUUGAAGAAAAAAAAAUGCAGUUUUAAAUUUAUGAAGCAGAUUAAAACAAACCCCGUUACAUUUCUCAUAUUUACCAAUUUAUACAAAAAUAUUCCAAAUAAUUAUUUAACAUUUUUUAAAAAAAAGUUGAAGAAUGAGUUUCAUUUAAAAUAUAUUAAUAUUCAGUUUGUUUUUAAAACUACUUGUGAUAAUAGAAAUGCUAAAAAAAAUCAAGUAGUAAAAAGGUAA